CUUUGCUUGCAUAUGAGAGGCUGCUUUUAGAAGUUUUUGUCGGGGGCUUUGGGGUUAGCAAUGGAUUCUGCUAGUGUACAGAACAGUGAUUUGUCAUUAGAUCGUUGGAAAAAUAGUUGGAAAGAUGGGAGAGCACCAUGGCAUGAAGGAUCUGUUAAUUCAACUCUUGAGAAGUUUUUUCAUUUGGUAGAAGGAGACAAGAAAGGCUUAAGAAUUCUGUUUCCACUUUGUGGGAAGUCAUUUGAUAUGAAAUGGACUGCAGACCAAGGUCAUGUUGUUGUUGGUGUCGAGGGAUCAGACAUAGGAGCUAAAGAAUUCUUUAAAGAACACAACAUUGAGUACAAGAUGGAUGCAAUCAACAUGGCCCCAAGAGGAGCAUUAAUUUUUUCUUCUCUUGAUGAAAAAAUAAGAAUCUUUGUCUGUGACAUGUUUGAUUUCAGAAGCACGGUUGCUGGUGGAGAAUUUGAUGGUGUCUUUGACAGAGGUGCUCUAGUGGCUAUCAACCCAAAAGAUAGACCAAGGUAUGCCGAGUUAAUGGGUAGGCUUGUUGCACCUGGAGGAAAAAUAUUGGCUGAGUGUCUAGAAUAUGAUCCAUCACUUUAUGGUGGUCCACCGCACCAUGUUCCAGAACAUCAUAUCAAAGAAAUAUAUGGACAAAACUUUAAUGUCGAGCAAGUCGAAAAGGUUGUUGGCACAAAACCAUCUUUCAAAUCAAGAUUUAACCUUGACCAUGUACAUGUUUGUAGCUAUGUGAUGACCCGAAAGUAACUCUGAACUGACCUCUGAAUAUGUAAGCAUUAAUAUGUCAAAUCACACUUUUGAAACGGAUACUUUUAUAUUGCUGAAUCUCAAAGGAACUCAUAUGGAUUCGGAUAUCCUUGUAUGUAUUAAGUGAUAUUCUAAUCAGACCUUCCUAAAAGCUUUUUGUGCCUGCGAGCACAAACUGUUUUGCAGAAUUAUUCGUUCUUUGCUACAUAAAUCACUUUUAAAGGCAGUAAAGCCUACUUUUGUAGAUGUCCACAAAUUCUCUGAAUUUGAAACCAAGUUCAUUGCCAGAUACAUUUGAGAUAAUAAUCUUUAACCAUUAUUCAUCUUUAUCAAUUAUAGCAAUCUGUUUGAA